CCUCUUUUGCGCACACCAUCACUCUUGGCCUUAUGCCGCACGCGCUGCAACACUCCUUCUUCCCUACGGCCAAGGAGCUCUCGAGCGGGGUGCAGUGGUUCAAGGAUCAUCCGGUGCUGGCUGCCGCUGCUGCCACCGCUGUGUCCGUCAUCACGUAUCUCAACGCACUGGAGCUGGCCGAGGCAGAGGUGGAGCACGUAAAUGACACCCCAGACACAGACACUACCACCGCCACUAGGCAUAGGAGACCGCAGCCCAUCCGCCGCAAAGGUUCGCCGUCAUUAUCCCGCAAAGGCUCGUCAGGGGCGGCCAGCGACGGCAAAUUGUCGGCCGCCGUAAGCUGGUGCGACGAGCACGGCGGCAGUCUCACUCAGGUAUUCGAGGACGAUUCACCGCCGCGUAGUAGGCGAGACAGACGAAUGGAGGAGAGCGACAGCGACGACGAAGCGCGUGACGACGUGGCCGAGAGCUGCGAGGGCGCCUUCCAACAGCACAGAGCGCUCACGGGCGGAUUGCGCAAGAGCGUGACGCAGCAGCAGCUGGACGCGACGGUGGGGGCGGCAGCUGUGAAUGACUCGGACGCAGACACACAGCAGACAGAAAGUCCGCAGUGGGGCUGGUACGUCCCUAUCACGCCGCCGCAGGACCAGUUCCAGGCAACAUCAGGACGUGACUCGACGGUAGUGGCGUCUUGUUCGGUACAGCAGCCCGCAGAGGUGAACGUCAAGACCAUGCGACGCACCACUUCAGGGCAGAUCCCAUAGGAAUUUUAAGAUAUGCGCCUUAUGAGUAUUUCCUUCCGUCAUGCUGCAAUGUUACAGAUCCAGUGUCAAUGACUCCUCUGCCCUGGGAUGUGAC